AUGUCCAAACCUUCUUCUUCUUCUUCUUCCUUGCUGCUUUUCCUGAUUAUCAUCACAGUAACGUUGAGUUGUGUCGCCGGAGAAACGCUGGCUUCCGGGAGCUACAUAAGCGGCAACAGCGACGACAAGAACGAUGAUAAUGCGGCGUGCGACGAAAUCUACGUAGUUAAGGAAGGGGAAACGCUGCAGACCAUCAGCGACAAGUGCAACGACCCUUUCAUCCUUGAAGAGAAUACUCAGAUCAACGAUUUCGAUGAUGUUUUCCCAGGUCUUGUUAUCAAGAUUACUAGUUUAACGAAAUCUAGGAAGUUACUGAUGAAGUUAUUAUGA